AUGGCUUUAGGCGGAGGAAAUCCCCAAAGGGGAAGUGCAGCGGCUACCGCAAGCAUGAGGAGAAGGAAAACAGCAGGUGGUGGAGCCUCAGGAGGAGCAGCUGGGACUAUGCUUCAAUUUUACACAGAUGAUGCUCCCGGACUCAAGAUCUCCCCAAAUGUAGUACUUGUGAUGAGCAUUGGUUUUAUAGCUUUUGUUGCUGUUCUUCAUGUGAUGGGCAAACUUUAUUUCAGAGAAGCUUAG